UCCACACUUAAUGUCAUGUCAUUGGCUGCAAUCAUUUUUUUUCGAUUGUUUCCCCUCCAGUGAGUGUGGCAGCUAUACACGUUCACGACCCAUCCGGCUUGCCUGUAGAGAAGCCAGCGUCCAGCGUGUGAGUGUAGCCCGGUCGCCUUCUUUCAUAUAGUUUGUGAGGAAACGACAGGUUGAUCCGCGCGCUGCUUCCUCCGUGCACUUGUUUUCCUCGGCGUCGUCGUCGUCACUGCUGUGCGUGGUCGCACGGGGCGCCGAUAGACUUACUUUUGCAAUGAAGGGAACUUAUUUGAGAAAUGCCUAAGGGACGCAAUGGGCCUGAGCGACGACAAGGAUCGCAUUGUGAUAAACGUGGGAGGGAUCAGACAUCAGACAUACCGCAGCACCCUGCGCACUCUGCCCGGCACGCGCCUCUCCUGGUUGGCGGAGCCCGAUGCGCCCAACCACUUUGACUAUGAUGCCAAGAGCGAGGAGUUCUUCUUCGACCGCCACCCCGGCGUGUUUGCACACAUCCUUAACUACUACAGGACAGGUAAACUGCACUGCCCGGCGGAUGUCUGCGGGCCUCUCUACGAGGAGGAACUGGCCUUCUGGGGCAUUGAUGAGACAGACGUGGAGCCAUGCUGCUGGAUGACCUAUCGUCAGCACCGGGAGGCAGAGGAGGCCCUUGAUAGUUUCGGCGGGGGGGGCUUGUUAGACCUGGGGAACGACGAUGCGGAGCCUGAGCAGGAGCAUGCUGGCGAGGAUGAUGUGGAUGAAAUGACAAGGAGGCUGGCACAGGGAGACACUCAUGAUGCCAGGAGUGGAAGCUUGUGGAGCCGGUGGCAGAAACACGUUUGGGCUCUGUUUGAGGACCCUUACUCAUCUAAAUAUGCAAGGUGGGUGGCUCUGGCCUCGCUGUUCUUUAUUCUGGUGUCCAUCACCACUUUCUGUCUGGAGACCCACGAGGCCUUCAACCCCAUCAUCAACCGCACCGAGGUGGAGGUAGUGGACAACGUCACAGUGACGAAUACCUACCAGGAGACUGAGACUGCGCUCUACCUCACCUACAUUGAAGGCGUUUGUGUGGUGUGGUUCACUUUUGAAUUUCUAAUGCGAAUAACGUUCUGCCCGAAUAAAUGUGACUUCAUUCGGAACGCCCUGAACAUCAUCGACUUUGUGGCCAUCCUGCCCUUCUACCUGGAGGUCGGCCUCAGCGGGCUCUCCUCAAAGGCGGCCAAGGACGUGCUGGGUUUCCUGCGAGUUGUCCGCUUCGUGCGGAUCCUGCGUAUCUUCAAGCUGACCCGUCACUUUGUAGGGCUGAGGGUGCUGGGCCACACGUUGAGGGCCAGCACCAACGAGUUCCUGCUCCUCAUCAUCUUUCUCGCCCUCGGCGUCCUCAUCUUUGCCACCAUGAUCUACUACGCUGAAAGGAUUGGCGCUAACCCCAACGACCCUCGAGCCAGUGAGCACACGCAAUUCAAGAACAUCCCGAUUGGAUUCUGGUGGGCUGUGGUGACCAUGACGACCCUCGGCUACGGAGACAUGUACCCUCGGACGACCUCCGGUAUGCUGGUCGGAGCCCUGUGCGCCCUGGCAGGUGUGCUGACCAUCGCCAUGCCCGUCCCUGUGAUUGUCAACAACUUUGGAAUGUAUUACUCUCUGGCUAUGGCAAAACAGAAACUACCAAAGAAAAAGAAUAGGCACAUCCCGCGGGCACCGCAACCAGGUUCUCCAAACUUCUGUAAGUCAAGCAUGAGCUCCCAGCAACCGAGCCCCAUACCACACGACGACGUUUUCGAGAUAAAGUUUCAAGAUUCCAAGUUGAACGGUGAGGCAGCGGACGCAGCGCUGGCCAACGAAGAUUGCCCUCAUAUAGACCAGGCCACAUCUCCGGAGGAAAUCUUCAGCCCAAGCGAGAGAGAGCGGCCCUGCUUCCUGGUCACCACUUCUGAACGCCCCAACCACACAGGGGCCAGAGUGAGGAGGGGUUAUGAAAAGCCUUGGAGCCUUAACAGCAUGUCUGGCAUGAGCGGGGAUGCCUCUGGAGUGUCCUCAGUGUCCGCCCUACCCUGCAGCCCACCAUGUCUAAUGCAGCACUCACAUUCUCCCAUCCCAUCCAUUAUGUAGCAUGGUUGAGUAGCAGACACAAUGCCAUCGGAAGGCCAGUCCACACUUACUUGUCAAAUUUUGCUUUUACACUUACCUUCACUCUUGCUUUUGUUUUCAUUUUGAUUUCAUUCUUUUUCUGUAAAACUGUAUCUUAACUGUGUCUAAUACUCAAGCUGUGUCAUCAUAUGCUAGACUAGAAAACAUGGGCACGUGCCCCUCUGCAUGGGUCACCUCAGUUGUGGACAAAGCACUGUUCUACUUCUACCACAGGCUAACCCCACUCUGAAUUGCCUGUUGCUCUGUUGCUUUUGAUCUCACAUACUCUUCUGCCAAUAACUUUGAUCUCAUCUGCUUUUUACAAUUUUGUGAAAGAAUCUUUCACAAGAUGUAACCCCUGCAAAUAAUAUGCUGGACAUUAACAAUACAUGGCUCUGAAAAGUAUCCAAAAGGUAUACCAUUGGCAGCUGUUAAGGGAAGUCCUCUUAUGAUUUGUACGUUGCAAACUAGAGAUGCUAUUCUGAAAGUUCAAUCCAGACGAGGCUCAAUUGUAUCUGAGAGGCCAGUAGAGAAAAAUGAACAUGAUGUUCAUGAUGUCCAAUGCAAUAUGGAUGACAACGUCUAUGAUACUAGUGAUGAAUACAUUUAAUGUCAACAGAACUAAAACAGUUUUGUUCAUUUGCAUGAACUGCAUGAUAAAUAAUGUUAAACAAGAAGCUAACUGUACCGCAGUAUCUGUAAGAAAGAAAAAAAAGCUUUGUCAUUUGUUAGUGCAUUUUGAGACAGCUUUACAAGAGACUCAGUCAUAGCAGAGAAUUGUAUGUAGCCUCCAUUCUUUGCCUUUCCCCAAAUUCAUAGAUUUAUUUUUAUUUGACUGCCUCCAACUAAAAUAGCGUGAUUUGACUUGAACAAUCUUUCAUAAAGCCAACUAAUGCUGUUAUGAGCAUAACUAUUUUUUAUAUAAAUAUAUUUACUGGUAGUUAUUAGUUUUUAAACAGUAUCUGUAGUCUGCAGCAACUUCUAUAACUGCUGUGAUGCCUAAAUUAAGGCAAGACUCAAGAAUUAUAAAACAAUGGUGCCUUCAUACCUGACGAGGCAAAGUAAAAGAGAGUAGUACAUUGACAAGACGUACCAUAAGUGGUACUAGUGUAGCAUCGGUACACAUUACCAUGCUCAUAACAGUGUAACAGAAGCUUUGGUUUAUACGGUGCACCUCGCACCUUUUGUACCACCCUUGUAACCUCAAUCACAGUAAAUUGGUUAUUAUUGUUGCACCAUCCAACACAUACUAGAAUUUAACCCUAUAUGACAGGUGAAAGUACUGACUGUAUAGUCCCCAUCUCAAGAAUAUUUUUGUAUAAUAAAGCACAAAUUAUCAACGGGGACCAGGCAACUCUCCAAAGCCAAAAUAUAUCCAGAGACGUCACGGUGACUUAUGUCUAUGAUUAAAAACAUCAAUAACGUUACCGUUACAUGUAUUGAUACUGUCCCAAUAAUUAUGCACAAUUUUUUUCAGAGCACUUUAACAAAUUUGACGUGACCAAUCAGAAAUGUUCAUUUUUAGAAGAAUAUAUCAGUAUAGCAACACAUCGAAGUUUUGUUUUUAUUCUGAAGGAGCAGAGUUUUACAUUUCAAGUCAUGUCUAUUGUGGUAAUUAAUGGACGUUAUAUAUUUAAGAAAAAAAAAAAAACUUGUAAAGAUUUGAUGUGAAGAGAUGCAGGUGAACAAUAUGCUCAUGCAAUUAAAGUGAAAGAAAAAAAAU